AGUCUGCAGCAAAACAAGGAUUACAGCAGUGAACAGGAGAAGGGGUAUACAACCACACCAGCUUUGCUUAGGAGAACUGACCAGGGCAAACUGGCAGCAACCAAACACAGGAAAUGAUGCUGUUUUGGAGGAUAGCCAUAUUCAGUGCUCUCAUGAGGGUGUACACUUCUUCCCAGAUUUCGUGGGACUUCAGUUUGGGCUCCUUCAUCUAUUCACCUAUUCACAGCAAGUGGGGCAAAACAGAGGACAACACCACACAACUAGAGUUACACAGGCAAAAGCGCCAGGACUUUUCACCAGAAUACUCGAUUGCAGUUGAGAUAAACUUUGUGGAUGCCUCACUCCAGGAGGACCUCAGAAGUUUUCUCAGAAACCUUAGUCUCCCAGUUUCGGUCAAAAUCCCUGAUUCAGAUGUAAGCAUUUCACAUAUUAAUAUUACUACAGUGUGCAACUCAACUGGCACUAAUCAUUCUCAUUGUUUCUGUGAACCUGAUUAUGGAUGGUCUGCCAAGAUCUGCGAAGCAUAUCCUGUCUGCCAUAAUACAACAGCUGCAGUGGGAAAGAGCUGCAACUGUAUUGCGCAGCUUCCUCCUCAAGGGACCUUUUGUCAACUUCAAUCAGAAGAUAUUCCUUCAGUGCUCAUAACAAAAAUGUCUGUCCGACUUAAUCUGCCCUUUGAGAAUGCUCUGUGGGAUCCAUCCUCUGCGUUAUUCAAACAAUAUAAACACGAUCUUGAGAAGGCAUUUACUGCGGGCUAUUCAACCUUACCGGGUUUCAUAAAUGUAACAGUUACAGGAUUCAGGCCUGGAAGCACCAUGGUUGACUAUGAAAUAACCUCAGCAAGGCAGAUCCCACUUGAAAAUGCACAUCCCCAAAUAGCUGCUGCCUUAGGCCACCACUACCAGUUAGCAACGUCCACCUUUGCAACAGAAAUCCUGGGUAAAGUAAACAUCUCCGUUUCCCCUGAACACAUUUUUGAGGGGGAUACAGUAAAAAUAACCUGCACAACAGAAUCCACUGCAAGAACUGUGAAAUGGGGUUAUACUGUUGCCAGGCAUGGCAGGCUCACUGUGACAGAAGAGAUUAAAGGGAAAAGCAAGGUAGUAACCCUGACAAUAACAGACAUCAAGCUGAACGAAGCAGAUAAUUUUAGUUGCAAUUUUAAAGACAACUCAGAGAAGCUGCCCUCAAUAUACAGAGGUGACAUUAAUAUAAUGGUCUCUCAAAUUAAACUUGUACCAUCAGAAAAUGUUUCUAUUGUCUGUAAUGGUGCAGACAGAAAAGAACUGAGCUGCUGCACCGAUAGAGAGAUACAACUUUUCUCUCCUUAUUGGAGACCCAAUGGAGCAAUAAAUAUUUCAGGGAGCACUACUUCUAUGAACAAUUGUACCACCUACCUGCUACAGGCGAGUGAAUCUCAGUGCCCAGCAAACAAGUCUGGGAGCAGCACCUAUUACACAUGCGAGCUGAAUACAACCUAUGGUGCCCGUGCCAAUAAAAGAAUCAGAGUGACAUAUUUUCGCAUGGCAAAAAUAACACUUUCUAGUUUAAAGCACAUUGUUUCUGAGGGAGACACUUUCUUUUUAACAUGCCAGAGUGAUGUGAGCAAUUAUGACAAAGUCAUUUGGAAAAUUCAAAAUGGAAGGACUAUUAAGGAGGUAGCCAGUAUGUGGUAUACCACCACGAAGAACUCCAGAGGUGCCACAUCUGUGCUGACGGUACCCAGUGCAAACCAGGGUUGGACUGGCACCUAUAUAUGUACCUUUUCCCAAAGUUUUUUGAGCAGUUCUGGAAACACAACGAUUAAAGUCAUUCCUUUGCUCCGGGAACAAGAGAUCAUAAGAGAUCCCAUAGAGACAAUCAUUUCUUGUCCAGCAACAAGAAUUCUGGAAUGCUGUACAAGCCGGAUGGAAAAUUACACUGUUCAUUUUUUCUCUUAUGAUCACAAUAUGCCUUUACACUUUAUGGCAGAGAGAAGAAAAAGAUAUAAUCUCAAUUGCUACUAUUACGUACAAAAUUUCACAGAUGUUCACUGCAGUUCCAAAGGACAUGCUCUGCAGGUGCAUUGUAUGUUUAGGAAUCAAAUCAAUCAUAAUGUGACAAGUCGAGCUAUGGUCCUAAAUUUUAUUCCAGCAAAGAAUGUGACAUGCAAUUCCUUGGACAUUGGUGUGGGAGCAGAUGAAGCACAGAUCAUAAAGCCUUGCUUAAAUUUCCCUGGGACCAAUAACUCUGUCAGAGGAAACAUUACCUAUAAAUGUGACCAUACAGAAUGGACUGUUCAUAAAAACAGUUGCCUGGCCGGUCCCAUCAAUAACAUCUUGAUUUCUGCUGAGUCUUUGGCCUCCAGUCCAGAGUCACAGAAGAACUUGCCAACAUUCCUUAAAAAAAUGAAUGAAACCACCAAGGAGGCACAGGAGGAAAUAAACAAUUCUGCUGCAAACUUAAAUGCUGUCCUUGAAACCUUGACUUUAAUAUCAGCCAUACCAGUAGAGGCAAAUGAAGAGAAUAUGGCAAACUUUGGGUCUACUGUAGAAACCAUUAUCGCCAGUCCAACAGAAACUUGGAAGCAUGUAAAGAAUGGGAGCUCUCAAUUACUUGCUUCAGUAGAGCGAUUUUUAGGAUCCCUCCAACCUGUUAACCAGACUGUCCCUUCCAUCAUACAUGACAGCCUUCAAAUCAAAGGAACAGUUCUUGGCAAAAGCAAUAUUUCCAUUUAUAAUAGCAGCUUUGCUUUUCUCCAGUCCGCUGGCCUUAGGGGCAACGUGCUUAUUGAUGAUGCAAAAUUUGAUAUUGAGAAAUCAAUCACUAUAGUCAGUGUGGCUUAUUCAACAAUUGAUCGUAUCAUUCCACAGUACAGAGAGGAAAUAGUAAAUAGUUUAGUGAUGGCAACAGUAAUAAAUCCCCAAAUAAAUGAGGAUUUCCAGAUCAAAAUGACGUUUGCAAAGCAUGAAAAGGCCAUGAAAAAUCCACAAUGUGUCUUUUGGAAUUUCAGUUUGGCAGAAGGAGGAGACUGGGAUAACAGAGGCUGUGAAACUAAGGAUGAUGGGGACAAUGUCAUUUGCUCGUGCAAUCACACAACUUCAUUUGCCAUGCUGAUGUCUCCCCACCUGGAAAACUCAUUGGAUGAACUGACUUACAUCACUUACAUUGGCCUGAGUCUUUCUAUACUGAGCCUGAUGGCUUGCAUUGGAAUAGAACUCUUUGUGUGGAAAUCAGUCACCAAAACCAGAAUUGCCUACAUGCGCCAUGUCUGUAUUCUGAACAUUGCAGUUUCUCUCUUGAUUGCAGACAUCUGCUUCAUUGUUGUUGCUGCAAUGCAUGACCAAAAUUAUGCAGUGGAUGGGAAUCUCUGCGUAGUAGCAACUUUUUUCAUUCACUUCUUCUUCCUUUGUGUCUUCUUUUGGAUGCUCGCUUUGGGACUUAUGCUCUUCUACCACUUGGUCUUUCUUCUCCACAGCGCAAGCAAGACUAUCAUGAAAGCCAUAGGCUUCUGCUUGGGAUACAUCUGCCCUCUAGUCAUAUCAGCCAUCACAAUAGCUAGCACUCUUCCAUAUUCCUCUUACACAAAGAAAAAGCUCUGCUUUCUCAACUGGGAGGAAAGCAAAGCCCUCUUGGCCCUAGUGAUUCCUGCCAUGAUCAUUGUUGCUAUUAAUACUGUUGUUACUGUUGUAGUUAUAGCAAAAAUAUCAAGACGUUCAAUUGGGGAAAAAUCCAUAAAUGAAGAAAAGAGUGCUUUGUAUCGAAUUGCCAAGAGCAUUGGUGUACUGACACCGCUGCUAGGUCUUACUUGGGGAUUUGGACUGGCCACGGUUAUUCCAGGAAGCCCAACUAUAUUCCACAUGUUAUUUACCAUUUUCAAUGCCUUUCAGGGAUUAUUCAUUCUGUUGGGUGGAACUCUCUGGGACAGGAAGGUACGAGAAGCUAUGCUGAAUAAAUAUUCCUUAUCCAGGUGGAGUUCACAACACUCAAAGUCAAUGUCCCAAGGCAUGUCAGCUCCUAUGCUUUCCAUCAAUUCGCCUUUUUCAAGAACUUUAAAUAAUUUGUUUGGUAAAGCAGGAAAAUACCAGGUCUCUUCUACAGAAUCAUCAACUGUAUCUUCUGAAAACACUUCAAAAGCAUAUUCUUUACUGACAUGAGCUCAUAAAUAUCUGCAUAUUUGAAAGAGUUCAAGUAUUUUUCUGGAUCAAGUAAUAACUACAGAAUAAAUAGAGAGUAAUGGAAUGAUGGCUUUGUGGAGUGUGGAAAGGAAGUGGCACAUUCCUUAAUAAAUUAUUUUUUUCAGCAUACCACAUGAUGAACAGAAGAAUAACUGAAAUCUUUUAAGCUAAACAUUCAGUGACAUGGGCUCUAAUGUUGUUUUACAGCACUAUUUAUUUUACAGUAUCUUUCAAUGUAGUCAUGUUUGUCUCAAUCCGGUGAUAAAAAUGGACCAGUGGUGGGAAAGACAUAUCACAGCCAAAGAGCAAAAUAUGCAUCCAAAAAGUUAUGUGUGUUCAUAUAAAUUUUACUUGCUGGAUAGAAGCGUUCGUUUAUUAUUUUCCUGAAAGUGAAGAAAUUGCUAGUGCAAUCCUAUAGAUGUCAGUUCAGAAGUAAAUGUCAUAAUUUUCAGUGGCUCUUUUCAUUCCCUGGUACAUCCUUUUCCAGGGCAAAAUCCAAUACAAACUCACCUGGGAAGAACCCCAUUGAAUUUAGCAAGACUGGCUUCUGAGUUAGAGCAAUGGAAUUGCACUGAUCACCUUGUAAAUAAACUGGAACAUUUGUGCUGUCAGCCUCUACAGAAACAGAAGCACUUUAUUUUUGUAUUAUAGGAACAUUUCCAGUUUUGCUACUUGUUUUACUAGGGGACAAACAAGGGGGAAUUUUGUGUGUAAAUAUAUAUUUAUGAGGAUACUCAAUAAAACUUGCUUGCCCAGAAUUUAUUUUGAAUGUCUUGCUAUUCUUGCAUGGUUAUCUUUAUGGGCUUCUGCAAGAACUUUUCUGGAGAGAGGAAGAGGGGGCAAAGCUGCAACGUGGGAUAUAAUUAUAAUGUAUUUGUGCCCAUUUUUGUUCUGUGCAUGCCUUGUUAGUGUUAUAUUCCAUGAUAAGACAAAUACAAUACAGAAGACUUAGGAAAUAUUGGGCAUUUUUUUCAUGUCCACCUUCUUCAUAAAUCUGACAAUUGACCUACUUUGUCAGAAAAAGGGAUCCAUGUAAUAGGUUUGGUGUCUUUCUCAGUCCCAUUUGGAGUGGCUGGGACUUAAAUCUCAAACUUUUUGCAUGCAGAGCAGAGCCUUUCCAAGGUGAGCUUCAGAACCCCUCACUUCAUCUUGAAGCAUUGGUGAGCCUUCCAUAGAAUCUGUGGCAACUGCUUUUUGCAACAGGGAUGAGGCCAGGAAUUGGAGGUGCACAUGGUAACACUAUGCAAAUUCUCCACAUUACAAAAGAGUGUCCAUCUUUUUAAAUAAUAUCUGUACACUGGUUUGUUAAUGAGUAGAUGGAGAGAAGCAAAUAAAUUCAUUUUUAGAGUAUAAAAAACUAAAAGGGUAAGAGCGUAUUUCAAAAAGCUCCAUUUAGUGACAGCACUUAGUGAAUCUUGUUUGAUCUCAAAAAGUUAAGCUGAGUCAGACCUGGUUAAUACUUGAAUGGGAUGCCACGAGGGCUGUAGGCUAACCUGGAAAGCUGAAAAAAAGAAAAAAUCCCAGAAGGAGAUGAACUCUCAGGGACUUCAUAGAUGGAUGUCUAUGAAGCCCCCAGGAGUUGAGCUUGAUAUGAAGGAGACUUUAUCUAUAUAUUUAAGAAAGAAAAGGAUUUAUGCAACAUGAUUUUUUUUCCUCCAUGCCUUCACUACUUCUAGAUAAUUCAGAUGUUGUAAGAUGAGAUUAAAAAAAAAAAAAGCAUUUACUGUACCACACUUUCUUGGCAGAGAAGACUAUAGCAGGCCCAGUGGCUUCUUACACUGAGAAACGGUCAACUGAUUAUCAUGUAACUCAGCCUCUUGAUUUACAUGGCAAGCCAAUGCGCUUGCUAUUAAUAACACAUCUUCCUGAUCUUUGUUGGUGAGAAUGCUUCACCUCCAAAGCAUAGCAGCCAAGCAAUGAAGUAGAAAGGAUACUGAAAGGAAUAGCUCAGUGGGCCUUCUCUCUAGGACACAGCUGAGCAGUGGAAGUAGCUUUGCACUUCAGUCAGGGAAGUAGGCCCUGGGAAGUUAAAUAAAAUUUAUACCCUACAACCUUGCAUUGGACUGCAGCCUACAAAUGGGGGGUAGGGUGGGAAGGACAUUAUAGGAAUGGUAGUCCAGAUACCAUCAUCCCAUCAAAGAAAAUAUAAAUCAGGUCUAUUGUCACCAUUCAUGAAGUGAUGUAUGAUGACAGUCCUAAAAUGUUUCUCAGAGAAAAGCACCAACCCUCCUGCUACUAUGGAAACCAUUAUGAUGAUUAUUGGAAGAUUUCCAGCAGCUCCACAGCCAGCAAAAGAUUCCAGUGGAUGGAUGCUACCUGGCAUUUCAUGCUGUCUAGAGCAGUGUUUCUCAA